AUCAGCCGGCCAAAGUAAAUUACAAGAAAAGAAGCUCCCUUGUGCAACUCCCUCCCUAAUGCGUGAGAACCCAAGAAAGAAGCUUUUUUUGGCUUCAGGCAGUCCACCGUGCCUCUCUCUACGCCACCACCGCCCCGGGAAUUCAAGAAUCAGUUAUCUGAGGAUUUUAAAUCAUUUUCUUGAAAGGUGCAGUACAGCAGUAACUUGGGAGAUUUUGACAACAACAUAAAGUGCUAUUUGCAAUAGUAACUGCCAAUGAUUGUCUCUGCACUUCUAACUUCGGUUGGAAUAAAUUUUGGACUUUGUGUUUUAUUCUUUGCUUUGUACUCUAUUCUAAGAAAACAACCGGUGAACUAUAAUAUUUAUGUUCCCCGCUUGGUUGCGGAGGAUAAAUCUCGAACCAGUUAUUUCAAUAUUGGAAGGCUUUUACCUACUCCCGAAUGGAUGGGACGUGCAUGGAAGCCUACUGAAGAUGAAAUACUGUCUUCUUCAGGCUUGGAUGCCGUGGUAUUCAUGCGCAUCAUCACCUUCAGUUUAAAGGUAUUUACUCUUGCUGGAAUCAUUGGAGUCUUCAUUCUUCUUCCAGUUAAUUGCACAGGGGAUCAGCUACAAGAUAUAAAUUUCGCAAAUUUGACAAGCAAUUCUUUGGAUGUUUUUACCAUCUCAAAUGUAAAUAAUGGUUCCAAAAGGCUAUGGAUACACUUCUGUGCAGUUUAUGUCCUCACCAUUUUUAUCUGUUAUCUUCUUUACUAUGAAUACAAGUACAUAUCUUCAAAAAGGAUUGCUUAUUUUGAUUCGUCCAAACCUCAGCCACAUCAAUUUACUAUUUUGGUCCACAGUAUCCCUGUCUCUGCUGGCGGCAGUAUUAGCAACAAUGUUCAGAGCUUUUUCAUGGAAUACCAUCCUACUACAUAUUUAUCACAUCUGGUGGUUCAGAAAACAUAUAUAUUUAGCAAUCUCGCUAUGCGAAAGGAAGUUCAAGCUGCCUUUGUCUCUUUCAAGUCUCGAUAUGGUGCUGCCAUGGCCCUACAUCUGCAACAAUCAGACGAUCCCACUGAGUGGGUAACUGAGCAAGCACCAGAACCCCACGAUGUCUACUGGCCUUUCUUCUCUUCAUCGUUCAUGCUAAAAUGGAUCUUGAAUCUUGUUGUCAUUGUUGCAUACGUUCUUCUUACAAUUUUGUUCUUCAUCCCCGUGUUGAUUGUGCAAGGUCUAAAUAACCUGUCUCAGUUAGAAGUCUUGUUUCCAUUCCUGACGAGCAUCCUGAAAAUAACUUUUGUCAGUCAAGUUGUCACAGGAUACCUUCCCAACCUGCUUCUUCAGUUGUUUCUGAAAAUGACACCUCCUGUCAUGAAGUUUUUAUCUUCGAUUCAAGGAUUUCCCUCCCCAAAUUUUAACUGUCUGAUAAUCACAUCUCAUAUCAUCAUCAUCAUUGUCGUCAUCAUCAUAUACUUGGUUAUUAUUUCUGUGCAGGCAUCUUUCUUCAUUGCCUAUGUUGUCACAUCAGGAUGGGCGAGUACUUCAUCAGAACUAUUCCGCCUCAUCCCACUUAUUUGGAGCCUACUAAGAAAGCCUUUUUCUGAACCUACAACUGACGAAUUUGAAGCUCCAAGUUUUUCUUACCAUUGGGACAUUCCGAGGGUUCUGUUUUUCUGUCUACUUGGAAUAAUAUACUUCUUUCUUGCUCCUCUAAUCUUGCCAUUUUUACUGGUUUACUUCUGUCUUGGAUAUAUCAUCUACCGUAAUCAGUUUAUCAAUGUUUAUGCACCCAAGUACGAGACUGGUGGAAAGUACUGGCCUAUUGUGCACAAUUCAAUAAUCUUCUCCCUUGUACUGAUGCAUGCUCUUGCUGUGGGAAUUUUCACACUAAAAAGGCUUUCUCUAGCAUCAAGCUUGAUGUUUCCUCUUCCAGUUAUGACGCUUCUCUUCAAUGCAUAUUGCAGGAAGCGCUUUCUACCCAUUUUUACCGCCUUCUCUGCUCAGAGGUUAAUUAAAAAGGACAUAGAUGACAGCAGUGAUCCCGAAUUAAUGGCCGAGUUUUUCAGUAAAUUGGUCAUUGCAUAUCAAGAACCUGCUUCGUCGCCAUUGGAUCAUUCUACCAACUGUGACAGCGAAACAUAUCCUCUUCUCUCGCCGACUCAAUUUUGAAGCUUAUCAGGUAUAUAAUAUAUAUGAUUGUGCAUAUCUUGUAUAGAUUCGUAUAUUUGGACGCAAUCUUUGUAAUGAAGUAAGUCAAUAACGGUCAGCAAUUAGUCUCUCAAUAGUAAGCAUCAGCCACUAGAUCAAUUUCGGAAAAUUAUUGACACAAUGUUUCCAUAUCCUUGUAUAUACUCAGUUUUCCACACGGUUAUGAAUUAGCAGUUUUUAAUCCUUCUGACCCUGUUCUUGAUCUAAUAUGGAGAUAGGGUAUGUUUGUUAUGCCUCUCAUGACUCGUUUAGGAAUGAUCAAUUCAUGAGGGAGGUUGGAGUAUCACAAGAAGGACUGUAACGAUUCCCAGGAUUUGGAGUAACGAAGGUGUAUUUGGGGUCACACAUUGUGUGUCAGAUCCAACCUGGUCAUUGAUUUAGCCAAAGUACCAUAUUAUGGAGUCAAGCUCGAACAACCAUAAUCGAGGAACAUGGUCCUUCUAUGUUUUAGGGAAGUCGAGGUUUAGAACAACUGGAGGCGACUUUCAUUUAACAAAGGCAGAUAAUUAGAAACUUGUGUAGAUACACUGCCUCCAACAGCAUUUUUCUUUGUAAUUUACCUGGAAAAUGGAAAAAAGAUAAUCUUUAAUCA